UUUCACAGAGGAAGAAGUAGUGGCAUGACAGGCUGUCUAUUGUAGGUGAAAGUGUGUCUUACCAUCAAGUAUUCAAAGCCAAAAGAUUUGGUUCCAACACGAUUUCGUGACCUGCUCAAAUUGUUCCAGGACUCUGCACACCUCCUCCACCACCUCCCAUUCCUCUUUGGUCAGACAUCCAACAGGUGCAUUGACAAUGGCCAGGGUAGAGAGGAUGGCAUCCUUUGACUGAAGAAACCGCUUCAACAUAUAAAAUGUUGAAUUACAUCUUGUAGUUCAGUCUUGUUUAGGCCUCAGCUCAGGCAUCCCCAUCUGGCGUUGUGUAGACUUUAGUUUUUCAGCACUUAUUGUGCUCCUGUGGAAGUAUUCCACAGCUGCUUUCACUUUGUCCACAGUGGGCUUCAUCACCUUCAGAACAUAUCUUACAAUCAGGUUGAUUGUGUCGGCAAGACAUGGAUGAUGGGUCCAUUUAAACAUUUUCAUGGCUUUGGUUGUUAGCUGCAUUGUUGCUGACACAACAGACCUCUUUUCCAUCUACUGACAUUCUUUGGUCACACUCAACAGUUCCUCUGCCAAGUUCCCUGAGGUGUGUCUGUCGCUGAAUUCAAAGCAUUCCAGAAGACAGCUAGACACGGAAAAUCUUCAAUGAAGUGACAUGUAACUGACAUGUAAGAAGUGGUUACCCUUGAUGUCCAGCUGUCAGUGGUAAGGCAAACUGCAGUAGCUUUUUGGACUCUUCCCCACACUGAAGCCUGUGUGCUCUCGUACAGUUGUAGAAUAAGUGAUUUUGAAAGGGUUUUCUUGCUUGGAAUUGUGUACAUUGGAUUUAGACUAUUGCUAUAGUUUCUAAAACCUCUGUCCUCCACGAUCGAAAAUGGCUGGAAUUUGGUGGCAAUAAUUUUAGAAAAUGCAAUAUCAAUUUGGCCUUUGCUACAGACAUAGACUUUGGCAUAAACUGGUCCAUAGAAGACUGCGUAGCUGUGCGUCGUGGAGUAGGCCUACUUGACUGAGUGGAUAUAUCUCCACGUGUGGAGGUGCUGGCUCCACCACUAUCACUAGCAGGCCUAUUAGUUUCUCGAAGCUCCGCUACAGCUAGCUUCACAGUUGGGUGCACAGUUCGCAUAGGGAAGGUUGUGUGUAGAACCGGCUUUAUAUGAGAUUUUGUUUUGGCAAAUUCUACACUGUGCUCUAACAUUAUCUACAUUAUUAAAAUGCAUCCAAAUGCUACUGUGCUUCCGACUCAUUUUCCAGCUGUUGUUUUCACAGCUGUCCUUCUUCUCUCUCCUCGGCUGCUAAGUGUGUGACUGUGAGUGUGUUGGCUCGGCUCUCCCUCACGCAUCUUUGGUUCAUUGGUUGACACUUCGUGUCUGAUUGACAGGAACAACAGAUUCGGCUCUUCUGAUAUGCGAGCCAGCUCCCAACGUUCACCUACAAGAGCCGGUUCUUAGAGCCAACCAGCCACGUCUUGCUUCCGGACAAGCUAAACACCUUCUUCGCCCACUUUGAGGAUAACACAGUGCCACUGACACGGCCUGCUACCAAGAACUGUCGACUCUCCUUCUCCAUGGCCGAAGUGAAUAAGACAUUUAAACGUGUUGACCCUCGCAAGGCUGCCAGCCUAGAUGGCAUCCCUAGCCGCGUCCUCAGAGCAUGCGCAGACCAGCUGGCUGGAGUGUUUACGGACAUAAUCAAUCUCUCCCUAUCCCAAUCUGCUGUCCCCACUUGCUUCAAGAUGUCCACCAUUGUUCCCGUACCCAAGAAAGCAAAGUAAAAUGCCACUGUGUGAAAGGGACGUGUGCUAUAUACAAUGGAUUGUCUACGUCCCCACAUUCGUGGUGGGUUUACCCCUCAACCUGGCCACCCUGUGGCUCCUCCUCUUCAGGAUCCGUCGAUGGACUGAGUCCACAGUCUACCUCAGCAGUCUGAUCAUCAACGACAGCCUUCUCAUCUUUUCUCUGCCCUUCAAGAUAUACGCCUUCGGCCGCACCUGGGGCCUGAGCAUGGGCUUCUGCACCUUCCUGGAGAGCCUGGUGUUCGUCAACAUCUAUGGGAGCAUCGUACUGAUCGUGUGCAUCUCGGGCGACCGAUAUGUUUCUCUGCGGUUUCCAUUCAACGGCAAGCGUCUACGCUCGCCACGGAAGGCUGCCCUGGUAUGCCUGGCUGUGUGGGUGACGGUAUUCGCUUUCACCACACCCGUCUAUGAGCUCCACAACAAAAACACCACUAGCCUGCACAACAACAACGAAACCAGGUGUUUCGAGGGAUUCUCCAGGGAAACCUGGGGGAAGAAAUGGAUCAUUGUCGCCAUGGAGACGGUAUUCACAAUCAGCACUGUCACUAUGUUGUUCUUCUCAGUGCGCGUGAUGCAGAUCCUGAGUGACAUGCGGCGUCGGAACCCGCUGGACAAGAAGGUGAGGGACAACAAGUCUGUGAAGAUCGUCCUGAGCAACCUGGUGGCCUUUAUGCUGUGCUUCAUCCCGUACCACGUGGCCGCAGUCGUCUACUUCCUGGCCAAGAACGGCACAGAGAACCCAGACGUCAUCGACCCCCUCAGAGACUUCGUUCACAUCAGCACCUGUCUGGGCAGUGUCAACUGUCUGACGGACGGGGUCUGCUACUACUUCAUCCUGAAGGAGAACCUGCUGACUGCCAGCCAGGAGAGGAGGAGGAUGUCCACUAGAGGGAACAACGUGGCAAAGCCCGGGGAAAUCAACCAGCAUCCGAUGGACAACAUCAUGGUCAAGGGACCCAGAGAGGCAGGAUCAGACAACCAGGUCACUGGAGAUCGAUAGGACUUGCUAGAUAUGUGUGGUUUAUCGGAGUGGAGUGGAGAGCAGGGUGGAGGCGAUUUCCCUGUAGAUGGAUGGCUAUUACCUCUAUCUGGGAAACGGAAACUCAGAUCACCACAACAGAGAGGAGAGAAGUCUCAUGAAAGACUCUCGAAGAAUGAAUGACUGGUGUUAGGUUCUAAUUCUCAGAGUAAAAAACUCAAAGGACAUUUAUGAAAGCUUAACCAAGUUUAUUCUGCCCAGAGGGUCAAUACAGCUGCAUUCAGAUAAAAACAUUUUCACACAAGCACUGAUAUUUAACUGUUCCUCAUAGGCUGAGUCUCCUCCUACCCAUCUGUACAAACAUCAUUCUUACUGUUAGGCAGGACACUAGUGAUACGGGCCAUAAACUUUUAUUUCUCCCUUAAGGUGACCUGACCUGACCUCAACGCCCCUCCAUCACUAAUCCACAGCUCUCUCCCCCUAUCAAUGCCUGCCACAUGUAAUCGCUUUGAUGGGUGUCACCUUGGGGUCAUGAUAGUGGCUGCACCAAAUUAUUGAUGUAUUACAAUAAUUGAUUAUGCUUAUGUUGUAUGAAUAGAAGGGGAAGGGCUAUAAGACGCUCCCCCACUACAUUUAUAGGGUCCUGGACCACAGAUGAGCAAUAUAUUCAUUAUAAGGUUUAAUACUGUUCCACAGUUCUUUUCUAGUCUCUGCCUCUUAUAAGAAACGGUCUGAGCAGAUAUGUGAGCCAUUGCCGCCAAAACAGAGUGUCUGUGAGAAAGCACCGCAAGGCUAAAAGAGAUACAGUGCCUUGCGAAAGUAUUCGGCCCCCUUGAACUUUGCGACCUUUUGCCACAUUUCAGGCUUCAAACAUAAAGAUAUAAAACUGUCUUUUUU